AUGGGAACAUGGGAACUCGGCGGUCGUGAAUGGGGAGACAUCGGUGAAGUCGAUGCCGUUGAUCUCCUCCGAUACGCCUUUGAAAGUGGUGUUACCUAUUACGAUACGGCAGACCAAUAUGGCGGAGGCCGCGCUGAACGACUCCUCGGUGGAGCUUUUUCAGCACUCGGCGAUAGAGUUGUCAUUGCAACGAAACUUGGCUAUGAAUUGGAUUCCGAUGGCUGGAUUAGCCACGGAUGGGAGCAUCCAUCGUUCAACGUCUCACCGGAUUAUAUCCGUCUGGCAGCUGAAGGGAGCCUCACGCGAUUGAAGCGGGAUGUGAUAGACAUCUAUCAAUUCCACUCACCCCCGUCUGCAGAGGCGUGGGAUGACGCAUUUGGGACAAUGGAGGAACUCAAAACCGAAGGCAAAAUUCGCUUUUAUGGGUUGGGUCUCGGAAGUGAGGCAGAUGCGCUAAAGGCAAUAGAAGAAACCGGUAUUUCUUCGUUGAUGCUCACCUACAAUAUUCUCACCCAAGAGAUGGCAACCCCUGUGAUGGAAACCGCUGCCGAGAACGGUAUCGCUGUUGUUGUUCGACAGCCGUUAUCGUCAGGUUUGCUCUCUGGGCAACUCGGGCCGGAUACCGUCUUUGCGGAGAACGACUAUCGAAAGACGUGGUCCCGUGAGAAAUUUCUCGCCGAUCUGGAGCGGGUAGAACAGGUUAAGUCGAUCGUUGGGAAUAAAGUGCGAAGUCUCCCACAAGCCGCACUCAAAUUUAUUUUAGCGCACCCAGCUGUCUCCAACGUUGUUCCGGGGAUGAUGACCCCAUCGCAAGUUGACGACGGGGUUGCGACUUCGGGUGCAGCACCUUUACCCGCCGACAUUUUGGAACAAUUACGCAACGAUUAA